GUAUAUAUUUGAAGCUUGAACGAUGCGUUUCCUCUCGUCGCGUUGGUUUUUUUUGUUUGUGCAAUUUGUCGAAAAUGAUUUCGUGUGUGAUAUUGUGUGGCACAAAAUAUGGAGAGAUUUAGGUGCAGUGACCUGAUAUCUGCCUUGUUACGCAAGGAAGAAAUAGCUGAUCUUCGCUGAUCACCGACCGCCAAGAUGACCUCUCGGUUAGACCGGCUGUUCGUGUUGUUGGAGGCCGGCGCCGGCGCAGCGACUAGGCGGGCGGCGGCGCGGCAGUUGGGGGAAGUGCAGCGCGCGCAUCCCGAGGAGCUGCAUAAGCUGCUCGGUCGGCUGAUGAAGCAUCUGCGAUCACAAGCUUGGGAAACCAGGGUCGCUGCGGCGCAGGCUGUGGAAGCUAUACUGUCCAAUGUGCCCGAAUGGCGGCCCACACCGUUCACUGGCAAAAAAGAGGAGAAAUGCGAUCCAGAAGACAACGGUUGGUUGAAGUGCGAAACGUUCGACUUGGAGCGGGUUCUCCAAAAUGGCGCGCAUCUCAUGGGCUCCGAGGGCAACGAGUAUGAUGAUGAAGAGUCUCUCAGUGCUGCAGACAUGAAAGAGAAAUUAGCGAAACAACGUCAACAACUGAACGCGCGGCUUGGUUUGGACGUGGGCGCUCACCUAGGGGUUGAUCUCAGUUCCUUAUACUCCAACGAAGACCUGUGUCCCGUCAAGCCGCAACCCAGCAAGACUGAAGUAGUUAGAAGGCCAGUACAAGAGCUAGUUCUAGCGUCGAAGCACCUCAGUUCCCGGGAGAUGAACCUCGCCAAACGCAAAGCGCGUCUCGCGUUCAGCAAGCAGAAGUCCCGCGAUUGCGAGGACCCCCCCUCGGCGCCUCCCACACCCCCCGUGGAGCCUGACAGGAAGAAGAUCAAGUUGGAGCAUGAAGAUUUAGUUGUGGACAGCAGUCUGCCCGUACCUGACUGCUCGGGCAACUGGGGCGAAUGCAACCGAUGGCCCCUAGAGGGGUGGUGCGGGGCGCUCCAAGCGCAGCUGUUCGUGAGCUCGUGGGAGUCCCGGCACGGCGCCGCCAGCGCUCUGCGGCAGCUGCUGCUGGCCAGGGUGGCUGCCGGGGCCGGGAUGACGACUCACAUGACCAAGCAGGAGAUGGAAGAAGCCCAUCAAGGGUGGCUGGAAGACAUGGCCCUGAGGUUGCUGUGUGUCCUAGCGUUAGAUCGAUUUGGGGACUUCGUUUCUGAUCAGGUGGUGGCGCCGGUGCGCGAGACGUGCGCGCAGACGCUGGGCGCGUGCGCGGCGCAGCUGUGCGCGGCGCGCGCGGCGCGCGUGGCGCGGCUGCUGGCGCGGCUGUGCGCGCAGCCGCACUGGGAGGCGCGCCACGGGGCGCUGCUGGGCUUCAAGUAUCUGCUGGCCGCCAGGGAGGAACUAGCGACCUCUUGCAACGCGAUCGAGUACUUGAUCGCCGGGCUCGAAGACUCCGCGGAAGACGUGUCCGCGGUGGCCGCCGGAGCCCUAGUCCCGGCCGCCAGAGUCCUAUCCGCCCAGAGAGAGAGAGUCCCGCAUGUGGCAGGGAGAUUAUGGAAAUUGUUAAGGGAACAAGAUGAUUUAGCUGCGCCCGCGCAUUCGUAUAUGGCGCUGCUGGCCGCUCUGUGCGCUUUGCCGCAAGCAGCUAAGAUGUUGCAUCCAAUCGACCUAACCGACGUACUACCUCGCCUCUGGCCUUACCUCGACCACUCCACCAGCUCAGUAAGAAAAGCGACCCUGCAAACACUAUGCACGCUAACACGCCCGCUCAUCACCACGGAAGAAAACGGUGAAACAAACGGAGAAACGACGGGUGAGGAAAAGGGGAAGAAUGAGGAAGCGGGGAAGAAUGAGGAAGCGAAGAAGAAUGAGGAAACGGGGAAGGAUGAGGAAGUGAAGACUGAACAGUUCUUGAAUUGGACUCCUGAGUUGCUGCAAGAAGCGAUGAGGCAUAUCUAUCAAAGGGUGCUGUUUGAGCAUGUUGGGGAGAUCCAGGAGAUUGCUUUGAAGGUGUGGCAGAAUCUACUGCGUCACGCGCGACUAGAAGUGAUCCUGCUGGCGGCGUGCCCGCUGCUGGCCGCGUGGCUGUGUCUGGCGAUGCAGCCGCCGCGCCUGCCCGUGGACCCCGCUUUGCUGCUGCAAACGCCGCUCAAGCAAGAACGACGUCCCCGCACCACCUCCACAUCAUCAGAAGGCAGUUCCACCAACAACGAGCUGCGGAACCAGAAGUGGCUGAUUGGCGGCAGCGAGUCCCUCCCACAGAACCAGAGGGAGCACAACGUCAUGAGGGCCAGGACCAGGGCCGCUGAUAUACUGGGCUACCUCUCGUGUUACCUGGUCCAGCCAGCGCCUGGUAUAGAGUACAAGGCUGAGGAUGAGAGCCCAAUAGACUGUUAUGUUAAGGUUAUAAUAGUGUACCUGCGUUCGGGCAGCGCCUUGCAGCGAUUAGUGUCGGGGCUUGUGGUGGCGGCGUGGGCGCGACACACCGCCGCUCACGGGUUAUAUCCUCCGAAGAUCAUCACCAAUGGGGUGCACAAGGAAAACGAGACAGAUGGAUCAGAAACAGAGACUCAGAGCAAAGUUAGAGAAGGAGACAGCGAUAUAUCUCAACUAGCGCCACCGCUUCUAGUCAACACGCUUCAUACGGCUUUGAAUCAAACGCUUUAUUACGACGAAGUCGCUCUUAGCUGUAAUAGGAUAUUACAAGAGGCGCGCGAUCUGCACGCACUAAUGAAACACUACAAACUGCCAGUUGACGGGGAGGAGUUCAACAACAUACUGAGAUUAGAACAGGUGAUACACCUGACGACGGUGACACAAGCGAUGGUGGCCGCAAUGAAGACCAAACGUGUCUCCGUGACACUCGAGGACCGCCGCCGCGCGCUGCUGAGCUGUGUGACGCAGUGCUCCAGCGAACAGACCACCUUGACUCUGUGCGUGCAAGCGGCGCUAGCGAGCGCAUGCGCACACCUGCACUGCCUGCCGCACAAGCUGAACCCCGUGGUGCGCCCGCUCAUGGACAGCAUCAAGCGCGCCUGCAGCGAGGAGUUGCAGCAGCUGUCCGCCGCGGCGUUGGCGGCGCUGCUGUCGCAGCUGGCCGAUAGAGAACCGUCGCCUAAUAAUAAAGUGCUCGUUAAUCUCAAGGCUUUCCUUAGAUGUGACCCAGAGCAUACCCCACGCGUGGGGCUGGAGGGCACGGAGGAGACGAACGGGGAUUCGGGGAGCGGCGACAGCGGCGCCGAGGGCAAGUCUGAGGCCGGCUCAGCGUUACAUCGCGAUCUGGACAAAUACAACGGAAUCCUGACUCUGUGGGAGCAGCAGCGCAGCGCGGAGCUCUAUGCCCCCAAACGGGGCAGACCCCCCUCGCACGCCAACACCACCCCCCUCACCCCGCAAGUGGUCAAUCUAGACCAGCUGUUCUCCACUGAGGAUGAAAGUCGCAAGCUGGUGAGGAUCCAACGUCGCGGCGCCACCAUAGCGCUGAUCAACUUGACAGAGUAUUUCUCGGACGAGCUGCCGGAGAAGCUGCCCAAACUGUGGGAGUUCAUCACGGAGCCCUUCUCCAAAGUCAUGACUGACGCCGAGCUAGAAGCGCAAACCGUCGACGCGGCGGAGGAAAUAAUAUCCCGCCUGCAAGUGUUCGAAGCGGUGUGCGGGUCGCUGCACGGCGCGCUGUGGCGGCGCCUGCGCGCGCGCGAGUGCGCACGCGCGGCGAGUGCACUGACGCGCGCGCGCUACACCGCGCUGCGACACAUGGCCGCGCGCGCGCUCGCCGCCAUGGCUCUCUGCGACGUCGCGCUCGUCGUGCACGCGCUCAUGCACCAGCUGAUUCCGACACUAAACGAAUGCGUGUGUACCCGCGCGCGCUGCGGCGCGGCGGAGGCGGUGGCGCGGGUGGUGGACGCGCUGCAGCUGAGAAUGGUUCCCUACAUCGCACUAUUCGUGUUACCGUUGCUCGGCCGCAUGAGCGACCACUGCGAAGCAGUACGAGUGAUGUCCACCCGGUGUUUCGCCUCGCUCAUACAACUGAUGCCGCUAGAUGGCGCUAUACCAGAGCCCGAGGGUCUUUCUGUGGAACUGAAGGAGAGACGGGCGAGGGACAAGGACUUCCUGGAACAGCUGUUCAAUCCUAAAAUGAUCAAGGAUUACAAGAUUCCGAUUAAAGUGUCCACAGAGUUGAGGAGUUAUCAGCAGGCAGGCGUGAACUGGCUCCGAUUCCUCUACACGUACAAACUUCACGGCGUACUGUGCGACGACAUGGGCUUGGGGAAGACGCUGCAGUCUAUCGUGGUAGUUGCCGGCGCGCACUACGAGCGCCAGCAGCAGAACAGGCCGGAGCUGCCGUCGCUGGUGGUGUGCCCCCCCACUCUCACAGGCCACUGGGUGUUCGAAGUGAACAAAUUCAUCCCCUCCCAAUACCUAAAGCCCCUCCAAUACGUCGGCCCACCUGUAGAGCGAGAGAGAUUACGGUCGCGAGUGAGACACCACAACCUCAUUGUAGCGUCAUACGACAUCGUUAGAAAGGACAUAGAUUUCUUCAGUAGUAUACGAUGGAACUAUUGUAUAUUGGACGAAGGACACGUCAUCAAGAAUGGGAAGACAAAGGCGUUUAAGGCUAUUAAACAGUUGAUUGCGAAUCAUCGGCUGAUAUUGUCUGGAACGCCUAUUCAGAACAACGUGCUGGAGCUGUGGUCGCUGUUCGACUUCCUGAUGCCGGGACUGCUGGGCACGGAGCGGCAGUUCACGGCGCGGUACUCGCGGCCGCUGCUGGCGGCGCGCGAAGCCAAGGCUACGCCGCACCAGCUGCAGGCGGGCGCGCUGGCCUGCGAGGCGCUGCACAGACAGGUGCUACCCUUCAUGCUGCGUAGAGUGAAAGAAGACGUGGUCAAAGAGCUCCCGCCGAAGAUAACACAGGACUACUACUGCGAACUGAGUCCACUGCAGAGGAAGCUAUACGAGCAGCUGUCUAAGGAACACAUGCCGCAGGGACUCACCAAUCAUACACACGCGUUCCAAGCGCUGCACUACCUGCAGAACGUGUGCAACCACCCGAAGCUGGUGCUGACGGCGGAGCACCCCGAGGCUCUGCUGCUGCAGCGCUCCGCUCUGGACGACAUCGACCACUCGGCCAAGUUGCCCGCUCUCAAACAACUCCUCCUCGACUGCGGCAUCGGCACCACAGCCUCCGAGGUGGAGGCCGAGGCGGUCGUGUCGCAGCACAGAGCGCUCAUUUUCUGCCAGCUGAAGAAGAUGCUGGACAUCGUGGAACAAGACUUGCUGAAGAAGCACCUCCCAGCCGUGACGUACCUGCGGCUGGACGGCUCCGUGCCGCCGCAUCAGAGGCACGCCAUCGUCACCAGAUUUAACAAUGACGUCUCCAUUGAUUUGUUGCUCUUGACUACUGCGGUCGGCGGGCUGGGCCUGAACCUGACGGGGGCGGACACGGUGAUCUUCGUUGAGCACGACUGGAACCCCAUGAAGGACCUGCAGGCGAUGGACCGCGCGCACCGCAUCGGCCAGAAGAAGGUCGUCAAUGUAUACCGGCUCAUCACCAGGGGCACGCUCGAGGAGAAGAUCAUGGGACUACAAAAAUUCAAGCUGGGCACAGCCAACACGGUGAUAAGCAGCGAGAAUGCGGCCAUGGAGACGAUGGGCACCGACCAGCUGCUCGAUCUGUUCCAGCUGUCCGGAGCCCCUCCCGGCGACCCAUCCCGCCCCGGGUCCAGCAAGUCCGUGCUUGACUCGCUGCCCGACCUCUGGGACGAUCAGCUGUACGAAGAAGAGUAUGACAUGUCCAAUUUUAUUAAGGGAUUGAAGAAAAUGGCCGCGUAGUGAUGCUUGAAUAAUAGUCUGAAAAACAGUAAUUUUGACUGACGCUUUUAAAAAAACAGAACUUUGAAAAACAGUAAUUUUUACGCACACGUCAUAUUGACAGCAAUAUGACGUGUGCAGAUAACCACACUGAUAUGUGUGUUGUGGUUUUAAAUAAACUUUAUUGAUGUGACGCCUCGUUUUAGAGACCAAAAAAUCAGGCGUAAAGACGACAGAUAUUGAAUUUUUAUGGUAAAGUUAAAAAUUAAAAUUAUUUAUUGAUAAACCAAAUUAUGUCAUACAGUGCAAUUAUGUUACGGCAAAAUUUUGUUAUGAUUUGAAUUUGGAUUGUGCGUGUGUGAGCACACUUCUGGCAUCCUGGCAGGAUCGCCAUGUGAGGUUGGGUGUUGAGGAGGAUAAGUGAUACAACUGAAUGCUGGGAUACUAGUGACUUAUUUCAAUAUUAUAUAUAUUCUACCACUGCAAUACUAAGUAGAAUAUAGAAUCAGUUGAAUGAGAUUCAUACAGAUGUUCGACGGCCUUGCCAAAGAACAAAACCGUCGCCAGCGUUGUCAAUGCAGUAAGGGUUGUCACAAAAUAAACACGUGAUAUUGUAUUUGUAUUAAUUUAGUUUUCCAAAAAUUACAGCCCUUGAUUUCAGUUUUUAUUACCAACGCGUCAUAUGGAACGUUGGUAUGCUAAAAAUUAUGUUUAAAAAAUGUAAAGUAUUUUAAUAACUGUACAAGUAUGACAAAUGUGAUUAGUGGCCAAUAAACAUGUUAUGUCAAAGAGUAGCACGGAACCUAUAGAGGCUUUUUGUUACCAAUGGUUUAUAGAGGUUUUUACUAUGCUCUUUCCAAAAUUAAUUGUGAAUUUUAUAAAUAUCUUUUUAUAUUAUAAAACACAUCGUUUUUUUUUUCGUUCGUUGCGAUAAGCAUUGAAGGUAACAAAGGAACAUAUUUUUUUUUAUAUGAAUGUAAUAAAAAUUGGUGUAUCGCGCGCCACGAGAAUUGGAACUAUUUGUUUUUCUGCGCAAUAUCAAAAUGGCUUAUAGAACCUCUAAAUCUCGUGGCGCGAAAUAUAUAGCUUGAACCAUUUUCUUACUAUAAUUCACAUUAUUUGGUAUUAUGUAAAUUUUAGUCUCUUUUUUGUAAGAAUGUAUACUGUACUUGGAUGGGAAAUAAUAUAAUUACGGAAUAUAUCAAUUACAGUUCCACUUAUAGGUGUAGUAACAGACAGCUUUAGAAAUUUGCCUUAUCUUUGAGCUUUUAAUCAAAUAAAAUAAUCUACAGAUUUCUUCGAUUAUAAACGCCUUCGACGAUUCUGAAUCUUUUCCAUAUUUUUAAUUAAGUGAUUAGAAUUAGUAGUAAUUUAUCUAUCAAUAUUAUAAUAGAGCAUACGAGUCGUUAUGCAAACUGUUUGCGUGGUGGCUUCUAAAACCCAAUUCAAAUUAUCGGAACAUGCGAAAAAAAUGUUUGCCCUAUCAUACAAACUAUUUGUACUAUUUGGUAAAGUCAGUGUUUUGGCUCGUGUUUAAGAAGCCACUAGUUUGAAGUUUAAGAACGUUAUAAUACAUUUGUCAAGCUCUUCCUACAAGCUGACAAAAUAAUUUUGAUCACAUUAUAAGCACAACAUUGUCAAUUAUCCACUUUAAUAAAUAGAAGCUUUAAUUUUAAAAUCACCGUUGCUAGAAAGUAUAAAUAUAUAAAUAAAAUAUAUAUGGACAAACAAACAGAUUGAGUAUGUCAUGAUAUGGAAUAAUUAGGUGUAAUUAAUAUCUGUAAUGGUAAUAUUUUAAUUUUUUUUAAAUAAAUUAUUGUUUGCCUGCCAGCUAAAGUGCUGCAACAAGUAUUCGCGUGUGUAAACACUACAAAACACUAGUUAAAUUUAAGUAAUUUUAAAUUCUUAUGUAACCAAACCAAAACCUUUAACUUAAAAUCACGGACCUACAUUUGCAACUAUAUUUUUAUAUAUUCUUUUAUUCAUAAAAAAGAUUAAAUCUGCUUUAAAAAAGUUUUCGUGCCAAUCACAUUUUACAAUAUUUGACAUUGACAGAACGAGACAGAACAUUUUAACGUAAUUGUUUUUUUAUUAAUAAGUUCGUUAUUGUUUAGCAUUUGUCUUACUAUUUAAAUUCAUUUAGUGUAGACAUGUUUUUGGCAACUAAAGUCUAUAUUGAUAUUACUUUCGCGAAUCAGGAUGGGUUCCUUAUUUAGUAAUUAAAUACCUCAUUGUUUCACCUUCUUCGUCGAUAAUGGAUUAUUUAUUGUAGUUCGUAAGAUGACAGUCAUCGCUUUAGUCAUUUUUGUAGUUUUAGAAGCGCCAUAACGGCGCCCUAUCGUUUUUACUUGCUCUUUUGUACCUGCUAAAGUGAAACGAAAAUAGCAAAUAUUAAUACAUAAGUUACUUUUAUAUUAAAUACGGUUACGAUUUAAAUAUUGUAUUUUGUGUUUUUAUUUCCUGCCUGUCUUACGAAUAUUGAUUUUUUAAAUCUAGUAUGCGAGUGCUAAGCGCGGUUUCAAACAUUGGUGGACAUCUGCUAAGAUAUGGCAAAGGCACAUAAAUUAGUAGUAGUUUUUCAAGUAUUUUAUUUAUUGUGGCGUGUAUCACAACUCUCCUUUAUUUUUGUUUUAUUUGAUUCAGCAAAAGAAUUUCAAGCUAUAUUAUAGCAUUGUAACGUACUUUCAUUUAUUUUUUUUGUAUAUUAUGUGCUCGUUUCUAUGUGGACCAUUGCGUAUUGUUAGAUUAAAAAACAUCACUUUACCCUUUUUUCGUGUUUAUUCGUUAAUUGUAUUGAUGUGAAUUUGUUUCGAUCCAAAUAAAGCGUGUUUUCUUCUAAA